GGUGAGCAAAGAAAAGAGGGACACAAGGGAAGAGAGAUAAUAGAGAGAAAAAAGGAAAGGAGAAAUAGAGACAGCAGGGAAAAAGAGAGUUGAGGAAGGGAGGAAGAAAGGACAGGGAAGUAAAGAGCGACACAGGGAAAGAAGGAGAGUAGGAAGGAAAAGGGGGUGGAAAAAGAGAGAAGUCUAAUGAAUAAGGACGGAGUGAACACGACCAUCCAGGCUGGCAGUGGGGAUCAGCCGGACAGAGAGGAGGUGGAUGAGACUACGCCGCUGCUGUCGCAGGGUGUGCGGGUUUCUGGAGGAGCCUCCUUUGUGUCCUCGAUCUUUAACCUGAUGAAUGCUAUAAUGGGCAGUGGGAUUCUGGGGCUGGCAUACGCCAUGGCCAACACAGGAAUCUUAGGCUUCAGUGUGUUGUUGUUGCUGGUGUCCAGUUUGGCCGCCUACUCCAUCCACCUCCUGCUCACACUGUGUGACCAGACAGGCUUGAACUCGUAUGAAGGUCUGGGGGAGAAAGCCUUCAACAGAGCAGGCAGGGUCGUGGUGGCCUGUACCAUUAUAAUCCAGAACAUUGGUGCCAUGUCUUCCUACAUGUUCAUAUUAAAGUCUGAACUUCCGGCCACCAUCCGCAGCUUCCUGAGAACAGAGUCUUCUGAGGUGUGGUAUCAAGACGGUGUUAUUUUGCUGGUUCUGGUCACAGUGCUUGUGGUGCUCCCUCUGGCUCUGCUGCCAAAGAUUGGUUUCCUUGGUUACACCAGCAGUCUGUCGUUUUUCUUCAUGCUGUUCUUCACCGUUGUGGUGGUGGUGAAGAAGUGGUCCAUUCCCUGCCCUUUACCCGUCAACUCCACUCUCAGCCUGCAAAGCUCCAACUCGUCCAGCUCGGACUGCACUGCUCGCCUGUUUGUCCUCUCUAGUAAGAGUGCCUAUGCUAUUCCCACCAUGGCCUUCUCCUUCCUGUGCCACACUGCUGUCCUGCCCAUUUACUGUGAACUUCACCGGCCGACUAAGCGGAGGAUGCAGAACGUGGCGAAUGUGGGAAUCUCUCUCAGUUUCCUGGUUUAUUUGGUCUCCGCCCUCUUUGGCUACCUCACUUUCUAUGCCCAGGUGAACUCGGAGCUGUUGCUAGGAUACGACGCCUACCUGCCGCGGGACGUCCUGGUGACCACGGUGCGUUUGGUGAUCCUGCUGGCUGUGCUGCUCACGGUGCCGCUCAUACACUUCCCAGCCCGUAAAGCAUUGUUGAUGAUGUUUCGGGGCGAGAGGGAAUUCUCCUGGCUCUCUCACUGUCUCUCCACCCUUUUCCUCCUCGUGAUUGUGGUCCUGCUGGCUGUUUAUGUACCGGACAUCAGAAACGUCUUCGGGGUUGUGGGCUCCACUACCUCUACCUGUUUGCUGUUUGUGUAUCCUGGUUUGUUUUACCUGCAUAUCAGUUCUGGUGACAUCAGGUCCUGCAGCUCAGUGGCGGCGGGUGCUCUCGUGGUGUUCGGUGUGUUUGUGGGUUUGCUGAGUCUCUGCAUCAUCGUCAUUUCAUGGGCGCAGAGCUUCUGACCUUUCACCUUCUGACCUCGUCUGCCCUCACUGGAAAUGCUUGCACAUUCAUCACGGUGCCUUUUACUCACAAAACAAAGUUUACUGAAUGAGGGACACGUUAAAAAGUGACACACAGGCGCAGUUAUUACCGUAACACAGAUUAUACAUGUCGACCAAGCUUUCCUCAGGGGCUGCAGCUGCUGUAUAUAUGAAAAUAAACUCCCAUAUAUCACACGUGCUGUGGGAAUAGGGUGUAUAUGUGGA